GAAUGUUCGCUCUCUUUUCAGGGCUCUGUUACACGUAGCAGAGUGACUUGGCUAACGCUUUCUUACUUUCAUGUGGGCCUCGUUUGUUCACUCAGUCCGGAACAGGAAGGCCCCGGAGGGGUUGGGGCGAGUGUGUGUGUGUGUGUGUGUGUGUGCGUGUGUGCGUGCAUGUGAGACAGUUGGCAAGCUGAAACAAGAUACCCAUGUGCCAUAUUUCUGAGGAUCCUCUGCUCAGCCCAUGCCUGUCAUUUCAAGUUGUGUUUUUAUUCGCUCGAGUCUCACUUUGAUAAGCUGUCUGUGAUUGCUGCGUCGAAGGUCUGAAGGAACAGAGGAAUGCGUUCAGAAAGUCUUGAUUUACGUGAGCUACAGUUUUGGAGUUUUGGAUGUAACAGUGCUAGGUGUUGUGUUGUGUUUGGUGGAAUAAAGAGAUUAAGUCAUUGUUAAAGCUCUGCGCUGUGGAGGAUGGUGACUUGGCGUUUGAACGAGCGCAGGUUUAGCAGCUGAUGUGAUCGCAUCUAAUCUCUUUUUACAGUUGUCAACAUGUUCAUGAAACCCAUCGGGAUACACAUUUUAACCUCACCGUGCCUGUCAGCGAACUGACACUUGGUCAACUUUGUGAGGAAUGUCUCUUUAAGGACGGAGGAGGGGACGUGGAAAGCAUUCCUUUAGUUUCAAAAGUGGAGGAGAAGAAAAAAAAAAAAGCUUAUCCCACAAAUGCGGUUGACCUUUGAGUUGUAGCCUGAAAACCCGUCGUCCUGGCUGGAAACCAGAGCCGCAGCCAGAGCUAUGAACUGGUCAAGUGUGUGACCUGUCAAGGGUCCUCGGGAGGGUUUCCUUCUCUGGGCUCGUGAAUAAAGGCUACAUCCUUGGAGCUAGGCCCUCUGUCGCUCCGACAAAGGAGGAGCCAAACUCUCAAAGACCUUCAUUUAUUGCCGACCCCUUUUAUUCUCAUCCUUUUUUUUUUUUUCUUUCCCUCAAAUGAAAUUAGAUGCCUUGCAGGAGUUAAGGAGGAGUAGAGACCUUGGAAACCUGGCUUUGCCACUUCUAGAUGCGUGUUAUGUUCUGUGAUUGAUUCACAAUAAACUGAUGUAUUGACGCACAGUCGGUUUGGAAACGAAGAAAGUGGAAGAGGCCGACUCUUUUAAUUAGGAUUUGAGGAACAGUUGAGACUUGCAAGGCAUAUUUAAACGUUUUCACGUGUUAGAUGAAUCUCUUGCCGCCGGUCUCUAAGAAUGGGUCUGUGUCCUUCGGGGGUACGUGGUUGUUACUGAAGGGGCUUGAGGCACAUACUAACAAUCGCCAUGAGAGCCUGUCCCUUCUGUGGUAUAGACCAACUCCCUCUGGCUUGGGUUUCUUGUUACAUUAGGUCUGUUCACAGUUUCAUCAUAAACAAAGCCCAGUGCAACGGUCGUGACCACGUUGGAGUGAAAUCUUAAAUAUCUCCUGAAGGACCGAGGUGCGGGGUAAUGUUAGCUAAAUGGCCCUAUGUGUCGCCGUGAAUAUCAACUUGUGCUCGGUGGAGAGGAGUGUUGCCAUGGCGAUCGUUGCCAUUCGGUCCCUUGGAACAUAAAGAACAUUUUCAGGCUCCGAUUGCCACAGAUAAUAUGGAAAGGACCCGAACUUCAUACCACAAAGUCAGAGAUGUGGCGAAAUGAAAUGAAAACAAUAACAGUGGAAACCAGCAGAGUCCCUAUUGACAGGUCCUCGGGGACCCGGGUGCCUUAGUCUGGCUGAGGAGGAGAUAAAGACCGAGUCUGAUGUGGUAGAGGGGAUGGAUGCAUCUGUGCGAUCCAAAGUCCCUGAUCCACCAGGGUCGGCCGAACGGUCGGCAGUACCACAGAAGCGAAAGGUCUCGAGUCCCACGCAUUCCCCCAAUGGACACUCUCCCUCAGACACGUCCCCGAGCCCUCUCAAGAAGAAGAAGAAGCCGGGGGCCGUGAGCUAUAACAACAAGGACCAGUCAGAGCUAAGACAUGGUCCCUUUUACUAUAUGAAGCAGCCAGCACUCACCACAGACCCUGUUGAUGUUGUACCGCAGGACGGCAGGAAUGACUUCUACUGCUGGCUGUGCCACCGCGAGGGCCAGGUGCUCUGCUGUGAGCUCUGCCCCAGGGUGUACCACGCCAAGUGCCUCAAACUACCAGCCGAGCCCGAGGGCGACUGGUUCUGUCCAGAGUGUGAGAAAAUAACAGUUGCUGAAUGCAUUGAAACCCAGAGCAAGGCGAUGACGAUGCUGACAAUAGACCAGCUCUCCUAUUUGCUGAAAUUUGCACUCCAAAAGAUUAAACAGCCUGGGACUGAGCCGUUUCAGAAGCCAGUGUCUCUGGAACAACACCCGGAUUAUGCGGAGUACAUCUUCCAUCCCAUGGACUUGUGUACUUUAGAGAAGAAUGUCAAAAAGAAAAUGUACGGCUGCACUGAAGCUUUUCUGGCUGAUAUGAAAUGGAUCUUACACAACUGCAUCAUUUACAACGGAGGUAAUCAUAAAUUAACUGCGACUGCAAAGGUUAUUGUCAAGAUCUGUGAGCAUGAGAUGAAUGAGAUUGAGGUGUGUCCAGAAUGCUACCUGUCUUCAUGCCAGAAAAGGGACAACUGGUUCUGUGAGCCAUGUAGUCAACCCCACCCCCUGGUCUGGGCUAAGCUGAAGGGCUUUCCUUUCUGGCCAGCAAAAGCACUUCGCGAGAAAGAUGGACAAGUAGAUGCACGCUUUUUUGGGCAACACGACAGGGCCUGGGUACCCAUCAAUAACUGCUACCUCAUGUCCAAAGAGAUCCCUUUCUCUGUGAAGAAAACUAAAAGCAUCUUCAACAGCGCCAUGCAAGAGAUGGAGGUAUAUGUGGAAAACAUUCGCAAGAAAUUUGGGGUCUUCAACUACGCGCCCUUCCGCACUCCCUACACACCCAACAACCAGCUGCAGAUGCUCCUGGACCCCUCCAACCCCAGUGCUGGGACGGUCAAGACGGAGAAACCAGAUAAACUUCGCUUCAGCUUCGAUAUAACUGCGUCUCCUAAGAUGGUCCUCAGUAAGAGCUCUACACCCAGUGGUAUGAGCCGGCGGGUGUCUAUGACAGACAUGCCUCGGUCUCCCAUGAGCACAAACUCCUCGGUUCACACAGGGUCGGAUGGGGAGCAAGACAUGGAAAAGCCCAGCAGGAAUCCUGCCUUCCACUACAGCACUGGGGAAGAAUCUAUGGACUGUACCGCGUCUCCUGUUUCGGGGAAGAUGGGUCCUGGGGGGAGUGUGACGAGCAGCCCGAAGCCUUUUAACCCUGGACUGGUGCCCAAGCAGGAGAGGAAUGCAGGAACAGGCGGCAUCCUCAAUCUGAACCUGGAUCGAGUGAAGGCUGAAAUGGAUCUGAAGGAGCUGAGUGAGACCGUGCAGCAGAAGCAGCAACAACAGGGAGCGCCAGCUGCCCUCUCUACCCCAAAGAGACCCAUCAGGAGUCUGGACAAGACUAUAGAAAGCUGCAAAGCACAGCUCGGGAUUGAUGAGAUUUCCGAUGACGUGUAUAAAGACGUGGAUCACAGUGAUUCCGAGGAAUCGGACUCUAGCGACAGCGAGUACCUCAGCGAUGAGGAACACAAGCCAAAGAGCUCCUCACAGGACGACAAGGACAAAGCAGAGAGGAAAGUGUCCAAAGCGAGCACGGAUGGAGAGAAUAAGGAGGGAGUUGCGGGGACUGGGGAUAAAGCCACCCCUGAACCCUUGAUCAAAGAGAAGCAAGGCAGCAAUGGGUCAGACAGGGACCUCCAGGACAAGCCUCGGACGCCCCAAUCUCAACCCCUCACGGACAAGUCCAAAGCUCCGGAGGAGGGCAAAGCAGCUGCUGCUGCUGCUACGUCGGCUGCUGAGCAAGACUCUGAUUCUGAACGGGAGCUGGUGAUUGACCUGGGGGAUGAACACGGAGGCCGAGACUCAAAGAGGGCAAGAAGAGAGCUGGGGACUUCUGGUGUCAAGACUCUCAAAGAGUCUACUGUCAAGUUGGAGGGUAAACUGCCUUCAUCUGCUGCAUCCGUCCCAACUGCACGUGAAGUGGUCUCCAACCUGAAGGAGUCCUUGCAACCCUCGAUCACAGCGGCACUCAACCUGGUUUCCACUGCAGCCUCUGGUCAGACCAGCGCCGCCACAGUUACCAGCGCGUCGACCAGUGCCCCCUCCCCUGUCUCCACAACGUCCCCAGCACCCGCAGCUGUAAAGAAACAGCGCCCCCUACUGCCUAAAGAGACGGCUCAGGCCGUGCAGAGGGCAGUGGUGUGGAAUCCGACCAAGUUUCAGACGUCCUCUCAGAAGUGGCACAUGCAGAAGGUGCAGAGGCAGCAGCAGCAGCACGGAGAGCAGUCAGCUGUGCAGACACAGGCCCAGAGUCAGGGGCAGACACGCAGCCCUCAGCAGCUACAGGCGCAGCAGCAGAACUCCUCGAGCACCCGCUAUCAGACUAGACAAGCAGCCAAGGGGCAACAAAAAGACCCAUCACAGAAUGCGUCCUCAUCAACAGCAUCCCAGGCCACGUCCGGUAGUUCUUAUAUGUCAGGAGACUUGCAGAUCCCGACUGUCUCAGCAGACGUAGCUGCAGAUAUAGCCAAAUACACAAACAAAAUUAUGGACACAAUAAAAGGGACGAUGACUGAAAUCUACAAUGAUCUUUCCAAAAGCACAUCAGGAAAUACAAUUUCCGAGAUUCGACGGUUAAGGAUAGAGAUUGAGAAGCUCCAGUGGCUGCAUCAGCAAGAGCUGUCAGAAAUGAAACACAAUCUGGAACUGACAAUGGCAGAGAUGAGGCAGAGCCUGGAGCAGGAAAGAGAACGACUGGUGGCUGAGGUGAAAAAGCAGAUGGAGUUGGAGAAGCAGCAGGCGGUGGAUGAGACCAAAAAGAAACAGUGGUGCGCCAACUGCAGAAAGGAGGCCAUCUUCUACUGCUGCUGGAAUACCAGUUACUGUGAUUACCCCUGCCAGCAAGCCCACUGGCCAGAGCACAUGAAGUCCUGCACACAGUCAGCCACGGCAUCACAACAGGAACCAGAGGCUGAACCCAACUCGGAUCCAUCAGCCAAAUCAUCCGGCCUUUCUCCUGCAACACAGACACUGCCUCCGGGCGCAGGAUCCAUAUCAGACAAAAGCAACUCUCCCACAUACAUGGACAAAAACAAGGACAAUGCUGGUGUUACUGUGACCUAACUAAUACACUACAUGCACAAUUUGUAGCUUCAAAACAUGGUGCUUAAAGGCCUCUGUGACAAAUCACCUAGGUUUUAUUCUUUCGCGUAUGUACAUCUCUUCGCUGGACACGUUUUGGUUCACCCCCAUUCUCAGUUUUAACAUCUGUGUAAAGGUGGAUUCACCAUGUGAAAGUAGUCUGUCUUGAGAAAGAAAAUGUGAGUCUGUAUGUUUUUCAUACUGUAGUAUAUGUUAAGAGUUCUGUUACUACUUUUUUUCUGCUCUGAUCAUGAUUGUAUCAACCCACAGAAUAUUUUCUACAUUUUACCACUUUCAAUGCUGCUUCUAAGUACUUCAUGACUGUUUUAUUUUGUUGAUUGUUCUCCAUAUUGAGAGACAAAACAUAGAAACAGCCAUAAACCUUUGAUUCACAUUUAUCAAGGUGCCAUCAGAGAUAUUUUGAGUUAUGCAAGUUUCAUAUUUGGUUUAAAAUAAUAUAUACUUCAUGUCAAUGAGGUGGUUUGAGUAAUGCAAGUUUAAAAAUUAGGUUACAACCAUGUACUCUUCAUGUCAACGGUGGCAUUUCAGUCUCAUACCAGUUUUGUAUUGUAGAUCCACAUUGUAUAAGCCUACAUUAAAAAUAUCGGAUUUAUUAAAAAGAACUAAAAAAAAAAAUUUAAACUGUACAAAGUUUUUGUAAGAAGAUACCUGGACAAUAUUUAUAGUGUUAUAUGUUUUUAUAGUAUGUUUAUUGAAAUCACAUUUUUAUGUGUCUAAAAAAAAAAGUUAUUUGAAAAUAAAUCACUUAACGUGAAUGACCUGCUUGGAGCAAAAUCUGUUUUAAUCAGUUUUACCCAAAAAAGUGAUGUAAGUCCUGUUCAGAUUGGGUAGACGUACAUAGAAACUGCAUUUUGGCUGAAUAUUAUUUCCUGUAAGCAUGUCUGUUUUGAGAUUGUGUCUCGUUCUUGUUUACAUAUUGUACAUACGAUAAAUGGUAUCGUGAAGAAAAAAUAAAACUGCUCUUAUUAA